AUGAAGCAAGAAGGAAAAACAAUGGUGGCGGCCGGAUUUCCAGCUCUGGAGUCAGUUCCCUGCGAUCUAGGCCUGUGUCCUCCGCCAUCUUGUGCGAAGCAAGGUGGCCUCCGCGUUCCCCGAGCGUCUUCUCCGCUUCUGCCUCGACCGCCCCUUGAUCACAGACAUGUCUCGGGACGGUUCCGGAGCCGCGGCGGCGGCCGCGGUGGCCUCCACGACUUCCGCUCCCCGCCGCCCGGCAUGGGCCUCAAUCAGAACCGGGGACCCAUGGGGCCCGGCCCGGGCCGGGGCGGCCCCAAACCCCCGAUCCCGCCACCACCUCCGCACCAAACAGCAACGGCAGCAGCCGCCGCCAUCAGCCGCCGCCAUCAGCCGCCGCCGCAGGACUCGUCCAAGCCUGUGGGUCCUCAGGGGCCUGGCCCGGCCCGGCCUGCCUCCGGGAGUGCAGCGCCCCCCGCCUCCGGCUCGGCACCGCCCGCGACUCCUCCGACCUCGGGGGCCCUUGCGGGCCCGGGCCCCACCCCGCCCCCGCCGCCCGCGGUCACCGGUCACCUCGGCGCCGCCUGGGGCGCCCCCGCCCGCGCCGAGAGCAGCGGGGUCCCCACUACCCCGCCCCAGGGGGGGCCGCCGCCUCCGCCCGCAGGGGGCCCGCGCCCGGGGCCUAAACAGGGCCCAGGCCCCGGAGGCCCGAAAGGCGGCAAAAUGCCGGGCGGGCCUGAGUACCCCCCGCGGCCGCCCCAAGCCGCCGGGGCGGGGGGUGGGGGGGGUGGGGAGCCGCGCGGAGGGCGGCAGCACCGCCCGCCCUUCCAGCAGCAGCAGCAGCACCGGGGGCCGCCCGGCGGCCGCAGCGAGGAGAAGAUGUCCGACUCGGAGGGGUUCAAAGCCAACUUGUCUCUCCUGAGGAGGCCCGGAGAGAAAACCUACACGCGGCGCUGCUGGUUGUUUCUGGGGACUCUACCUGCGGACAUCAUGGAGGAUGAAUUCAAAAGACUCUCUGCUAAAUUCGGAGAACCAGGAGAAGUUUUUAUCAACAAAGGCAAAGGAUUUGGGUUUAUUAAACUUGAAUCUAGGGCACUGGCUGAAAUUGCCAAACCUGAACUCGAUGAUACACCCAUGAGGGGUAGGCAGCUUCGGGUUCGCUUUGCCACACAUGCUGCUACCCUGUCGGCGCGAAAUCUUUCACCUUAUGUUUCCAACGAAGUGUUGGAAGAAGCCUUUAGCCACUUUGGGCCUAUUGAGAGGGCUGUUGUAAUUGUGGAUGAUCGUGGGAGAUCUACAGGGAAAGGCAUUGUUGAAUUUGCUUCUAAACCAGUGGCAAGAAAAGCAUUUGAAAGAUGCGGCGAAGGUGUUUUCUUACUGACAACAACGCCUCGUCCAGUCAUUGUGGAACCACUUGAACAAUUAGAUGAUGAAGAUGGCCUUUCUGAAAAACUUGCACAGAAGAAUCCAAUGUAUCAAAAGGAGAGAGAAACGCCUCCUCGUGUUGCCCAGCAUGGCACAUUUGAGUAUGAAUAUUCUCAGCGAUGGAAGUCCCUGGAUGAAAUGGAAAAACAGCAAAGGGAACAAGUUGAAAAAAACAUGAAAGAUGCGAAAGACAAAUUGGAAAAUGAAAUGGAAGAUGCCUAUCAUGAGCAUCAGGCAAAUCUUUUGCGUCAAGAUCUGAUGAGAUGCCAGGAAGAAUUAAGACGCAUGGAAGAAUUUCAUAAUCAAGAAAUGCAGAAAUGUAAAGAAAUGCAACUAAGGCAAGAAGAAGAACGGCGUAGAAGGGAAGAAGAGAUGAUUCGGCAGCGUGAGAUGAAAGAACAAAUGAGACGCCAAAGAGAGGAAAGUUAUAGCCGGAUGGGCUACGUGGAUCCAAGAGAAAGAGACAUGAGAAUGGGUGGUGGAGGAGCAAUGAACAUGGGAGAUCCCUAUGGUUCAGGAGGCCAGAAAUUUCCACCUCUAGGUGGUGGCAGUGGCAUAGGUUAUGAAGCUAAUCCUGGAGUCCCGCCAGCAACCAUGAGUGGUUCCAUGAUGGGAAGCGACAUGCGUUCUGAGCGCUUUGGGCAGGGAGGUGCGGGACCUGUGGGUGGACAGGGUCCUAGAGGAAUGGGGCCUGGAACUCCAGCAGGAUAUGGUAGAGGGAGAGAAGAGUAUGAAGGCCCAAACAAAAAGCCCCGACUUUAGAUGUGAUAUCUAGGUUUUCAUUCCAGUUUGUUUUUGUCUUUUCUUGUUUAGAUACCAAUCUUUUAAAUUCUUGCAUUUUAGUAAGAAAGCUACCUUUUUAUGGAUGUUAGCAGUUUAUUGACCUAAUAUUUGUAAAUGGUCUGUUUGGGCAGGUAAAAUUAUGUAAUACAGGGUUUCAAACAGGGGAAUUUUUUCCCUUUUUAUUUCCUUUUUUUUUUUUUAACUGUAUAAUGUCUGUGUCAAGUUAUGACAGUGUACCUUGUGCCACUGAAUUUCCAAAGUGUACCAAUUUUUUUUUACUGUGCUUCAAAUACAUAGAAAAAAUAGUUAUAAUAUGGAUCUUCAACUUUGCCAUUCAUGCUUCUAUGCACAUUAGGCUAGGUAUUCCACUUUGAAAGCAUGAGCGUGUCUAGGCCUUUGAAUGGCACAUGCCAUUUCUGGGAAAUGUAUCUGUAGGCUAAGUAUUGCUUUCUAAAAAUAAGUACCCCCUUGUUUUAAAAAGAAGAAAUGCAUAUUGAAGUAGUUUCAUGAUUUGAUUUGUUUGGCAUUAUAGGAAGCAAGCUGGUGCUAAGUAUUUUUAAAUGGUUAUGUAAGCAAGCUGAACUGUAAAUCUUUAUUCAGGAAUGUGUAUUAAGAUUAUGGAAUGGGUGAAAGACUAUUGAUAGGGGAGAAAGUGGGUAUGACUAAAUGGAUCUUUAUGGCCCUAUGAUCUAUCCUUUCCUUGAAAGUUUCUGAAGAAAAGUGGAAAAAUCAUUCUGUCGCAUUCCUCCAUUCUUGUUUUUAAAAGAACAAGUCCCAAGCCCUACAAAUGGCUUGUACUGAACUUUCACAUUUGAAUUAAAGAUUGUUAAACAUGAAAAAAAAUAAAACCCUUUAGUCUAAAUGGUUUUAAAAUUAAAAACAAAGGCCUUGCUAAAUGUAUUAUCCAGUUGCAUAAAUUGUGUGAACAUCUGCCAAUUUACAACAACUUUGAAUAUUUAAGUCUAGGUUAAAUAUUUACUCUGUAUCCAUGUGCCAGAUAUUGUCCUUAGUGCUGGAAUACAGAGGAUGUUAUGCUUGCCCUCAGAAGGCUCAAAUCUAUACACUUACUACAGGAACUCAUUCUACAGCCACCUUACAGUACCAUAGUCCCAACUCACUGCUCCAUGGCUGGCAAGAACAGAGUACAAAGAUAGUGGAGAGAAUGGUUGUCUGGGAGAAGGGAUCUAGUGAUGCCUUGCAUUGAGGUGACAUUUGAGCUAGAGCUUAAAACAGGAUAAGUGUUUCAUUCAGGAGACAAUGAUUAAGGAAGAAACAAUAUAAUCAAAAGUAUAAAGAUCUGAAAAUAGAUGGUUUGUUCAGGGAACAAUGAAUGUCUCUGUGGCCUGGCCAUAAGGUUACAUGAGCCAAGAUGGCCAGUUUCAAGUUAGAUUAUAAAAGGCCUUUUGUGUCUUCCUAGGAGUUUAGACUCUAUAUUCUCUAUAGUAGGGAAACACCAAGUUUGUGUGUUAUUUGGAUAUACCUAGAUAUAAAAAAAGUAGAUAAUGUGAUGAACCCUCAUGAACCCAACUUCAACAAUAACUCAUGGCCAGUCUUGUUUUAUCAUUGGCCCCUAUUCUAUCAUAUUUUGAAACAAAUCCCAUAUAGCAUACUAUUUAAUCAGUAAAUAUUUAACUAUAUAACUCAUUAAGAAGUAACCAAUAUCCAGUUAAUGUUCAGAUUUCCAAUGGUUAAAUAACUGUUGUACUUUUAAAAUUAUAAUAAUCUACAUAUUGAAAUUAAUCGAUAUUUCUCUUAAGUCUUAAUCAGUAGGUUCUUUAUUCAGCUCUUUCUUUUUCCUGUUGUAGUUUAUUGAAGGCUGUUUGUCUUGUAGAAUUUGUACGGCUUGAAUUUUGCUGAGCACAUCCAUCUCCUAUUGCUGAACAUGUUCCCCUGUCUCUGUAUUUCCUGUAUUGAAUCUAGAAACUUAAUUAAUUCAGGUUUGUUUUUUGUAGAGAGACUACUUCAUGGACGGUGGGUAGUGAGUUCUUUCCUCAGGAGGCAAAUAAUGCCACCUUUAUCCAUUAAUUUCUUAGGGAUUACAAAAUAUUGUGAUUUGUCUUGCCUGCUUACCAAAAUUGAGGAAUUCUACAGGUCAGGUCAGGGAUCCAUUGUGUCUUCUUUAAGUCUAUUUUAGGACUAAGCUGACUUCUAUUAGAGAGUUAGUAUUUUUUGGCCAGUCAGGGCAAGAGAUCUUGAGUUAAUUACUGUUUAUUAUUUGAUUAUGCUAGUUAUCAACUUUUUAUUCUUAUUUUGCAGUGAACUAGAUUUUUGUGGUAUUUUAUGUAAAAUUGUUCUCUAUUAAUGAAUACAUCUAGACUCUACACUUGCAAUCCUUAAAUAAUUUUGAUCAAAAUAGAGCUGAUGUGGUUCAGGAGAUACAUAAGCUCUGGAAAAAAUUCUAAGUGUUUUUUGUU